GUACGUGAAACCAUAUUCCAUGAAGGAAAAUAGAACAAAUAGAUAAAACAUAUAUAAUGAUGACACUAUAUAUCUAUGCCGGCCAAGUUGGUAUUAUAUCUAACCACAACAGAGAAAUCAACUUCCAUCACUGACAUUUCAAGUCUUGGAGUUUUCACACAAAAAUCUUGAGCUGAGGAGAUGAGUGGAGCAGGGAAAGUAGUGUGUGUAACUGGGGCUUCUGGUUACAUAGCAUCAUAUUUGGUCAAACUCUUAUUACAUCAUGGUUACACUGUCAAAGCUUCUGUUCGUGACCCAAGUGAUCCAAGGAAAAUAGAACACUUGGUUUCACUUGAUGGAGCUAAGGAAAGACUUCAUUUGUAUAAAGCAGAUUUAUUAGAAGAAGGGUCUUUUGAUUCUAUUGUUGAUGGAUGUGAAGGUGUUUUCCACACAGCUUCUCCUGUACUUCUUUCACCCACUGACCCAAAGACAGAACUGCUUGAUCCUGCAGUGAAGGGAACUAUAAACGUCCUAAGAUCAUGCACAAAAGUCUCUUCUUUAAAAAGAGUAGUUUUAACCUCUUCCAUUACCACAACUGUGUUCAGUGGGAAACCAUUGACACCAGAUGUGUUAGUUGAUGAGACUUGGGUUUCAGAUCCAGUUUUCUGUGAGCAAUCAAAGCUUUGGUAUGUUCUUUCGAAAAUCUUAGCUGAAGAAGCUGCUUCAAAAUUUGCUAAAGAAAAUGGGAUUGAUUUGGUCACUCUAAAUCCUGGAUUUGUGAUUGGCCCUAUGUUACAACCAACUCUUAAUGUCACUGCAGAGAUUAUCAUGAAUCAAAUAAAUGGUAUAUCUCAGCAGCUAAUCUUUCAAGAUAUAGAAAACAAUCUUAUUUUUUCUUCUUUGGCUGCAGGAUCUCAAACUUUUGCAGAUUCAGUCUAUAGAUUUGUUGAUAUUAGAGAUGUUGUAUUAGCACAUAUCCAAGCAUUUGAAGUUCCUUCAGCCAGUGGAAGAUAUUGUGUAGUUGGACAUGUUGUACCUAUUUCUGAGGCCUUGCUCAUCAUAGGACAACUCUACCCUACUUUAAACAUUCCAAAAAAAUCUGUAGAUGAAAAACCAGCUGUGUAUCAAAUAUCAAAGGAGAAAGCAAAAGCUUUGGGUAUCAACUUUACUUCCUUAGAAGUAAGCCUGAGAGACACUGUUGAGAGCUUGAGAGAGAAGGGUUUCCUUAAAUUUUAGAUUAUAUACCCUUCACAGAAAAUAUAUGAUAACUUUGGCCUUGUGUUAUUGGUUUCCAACCUCCUCCUGUACUUUGUUUUGAAAGAGUUAAAUAUCUAGUCUUUCUUUCCUUGUACAUCUACAA